CCCGGCUUGGCGGUGGCGGGAGUUUCUGGAAGGAACAUGGCGGAGGAAGCUAUGCUGGACGUGGCACGGGAUGUGAAGGCGGAGGAUGCUUGGUCAAAGAUCGUGAUCAGUGGGAAUCAGCUGUACGACAAGGGAGAGUAUCAUCAAGCAGCGAACACGUACAGCCAAUCGUUGAUCUUCAUUUCCCUCACUGAUAAGAGUGGGCGAUCGAAGGUCUACUAUAAUCGAGCACUGGCUUAUCUCAGACAGCACAAGUGGGAUGCUGCCAUCCUCGAUUCAGAGUGCCUGCUACACGUUUCAAUCCCAGACUACAAGGCGAAGGCACUUUACUUACGUGCAAUCGCAAGAGCGGGCAAGGGAGAACCCUCGGCUGCUAUACAGGACAUGCGGCAAGCAACCCUGCUCGCCUGCUCCAGCCUUGAGAAGGAAAGAAUCAGCAAGGCCCUUCGCAAGUUGGAGGACCAGUACAAGGAACAGGAAGUCUACUGGAAACGUCUUGUUUUUCGUUUGCAGACAUGGAGGGAUACGGCAGCUGUCUAUCUCACUCGUCAAGUCUUCCCCCUGGCUUGCGCGUCCGGCGCAUGGAUGGCUGCAAGAUGUAUUGGCACCGGAGAUGUGAAGCAGGACAUGCCGCGAGCACGCGUGAGUCUGAGUGAGGCGAGCACGGCCUUGGAGCAUGACUGGUUCUAUCAGUGGAUCUUCAUGACUGGUUUUAUUGGCAUCAAUGCUCUGUGGUAUGAUUUCCUUUGCCGUCUUCAGGUUGAGAAUGAGGACCAAACUUCAACAGGCAUUUCUGGCGGAGACGGGAAGAAGAACUUCGAAGGAAGCAAGGCGUGUUCUACACUUCCCUUGCAGAUCAGGUACGACGUCUCGGUCAUCUGUGCCACACUUCGUUUGACCAGGAUGCCUGAUAGAUACGAGGAUCAUUAUCUAUGCUUGGAGUGCUUGGAUUCACGAAAGGGCUGCAUGUUGUCGUCGUUCGAGCUCUUCUAUGGGCGAAAACUCGGUUUCUUGAUGACGAUAGGUGACCCCCUCACAAUGAUCUCUUGUUCAUCCCAUCCCCCUUCCUUCUUUCGAUCGAUUCAUCUCAUGACCACUACCACCAGUCAAGAAUCCAAUUCGUCUGGCUGCUGUCAGCAGAGCGACCAGAAGAAAACCCAGCUUGAAGCGAAGAUGAGCCAGAAAUGCUCACUCGGAGAGAAAGUGUCGCAGGACAUGGUCGAAAGAGAACACCUGGCCAAAGACAAGACGUCAAUAGAGCAAGCGGCUGCAGAUGUCGCAUCGGACACUGGGAAAAGAGACAUCUCGAACCUUACGGCACAGAUGCAGGCUUUGAGCCAAGAUCUGAGCAUUGUGAAAGGUUUAGAGGCAGAGCACAAGAAUACAGGGGAUCGACAGCAAAAGUCAGAAAAAGAGGACGCGAAGAAGGGUGAAGUGAGCCCGAGCAAAGAGCCCAUAUUGAAGGAUUCCAAGGAGGAUGGGCGUUCAACACCCAAGAAAGACAAAACUGUCGCUUCUUCUACUGCACAAGCAGGACAAAGCGAUGAUCAUCAUCUGAACAACGGACAAAGUGGAAUUUCUAAGCCCGCUGUUGUACAGCAGGAGAGUGUCAGUGCUGCCUCGACGCUUGGGUCAAAGAAAGUGAACGCGGAGACUGAAAGGAAGCAGAAGCCCCCUUCUGACGUCUUCAUCACAGAUGAUGAGAUCUCAGAGUCGGCAGAUAGAAUGUUCGAGUCAGGACUGCUGAGAGAGCAGGGAAAUGCAGAAUAUCAGGCUGCUCUCAAGAUUUCUCACGGGGUGCUGCGAAAUCGCAAACUGCAGAGCUCGAUUCAGCUGUACACAAAAGCAUAUGAGAUGGACCGCGAUAGUGUGCAAGCAUUGACCAAUCGGGCUGCUGUUUACCUGACGUUGGAUCAGUAUGACAAGGCUGCUGAGGAUUGUCAGCUUGCCAUUGAGACUGGAAAGAGAACGAAAGCAGACUCGAAGGUCAUGAGCCGAGCGUACGAGCGGUUAGGAAAGGUGAAAUUUCAACAAAAGCUGUACGGAGAGGCAAUAGCGGCACUUGAGCGUGUGGAAGAGGGAUUCUUGUCAGAAAAUGCUGCAAAGAUGUUAGCGGAAGCGGAAGCUUUCCGUGACGAAGAAAUCGAGAGGAAAGAAGCGGAGAGGAGGGAACAAGAGGCCAGGGAAUUGGAGCAACAACGGCAGCAGGAAGAACAGAGGAGGGCAAAGGAAGAACAAGCGAAGAGAGAAAAGCACAUUGCUGGUAUGGCCCAGCUAUUGGAGAAAAUGCGUCAAUUGAAAGGUGAAGGAAACUCAUUCUUUAAGCACGAAAGUUACGGGUCAGCCAUGAACUCGUACAAGGAGUGCUUGACGACAUUUGAGGCAUUGGAUCUUGAAGUCCUCGAGCCAAGCCAGGUGGAGGAGUCCACAAACCUGCAAAGCAUUUGCCGGCUCAACAUCGCAGCAUGCUGCAUCAAGUCACAAUCUUCGUACAGCGAUGCGGUUGCCAUGUGCAACCUCGUCCUGCAGAGAGAUCCGAACAACGUGAAGGCCAUCUACCGUCGAUCUCAGGCAAAGUUCGCCCUUGAGGAUUUUGUUGGGGCUAUCAGCGAUGCAGUCUCUGCUCAGAACCUCGCGCCUGGUGAUGUCACCAUCGCUUCACAUCUGGAAGUGAUACAACAAGCCAUGGCGCGAGGGAGAGAGGAGGAAGACCACAACCGCAACAAUGACAAACAGGAUGAAGAAGGCGACGACAGCCGGGACAAUUACGAGCAAGACGCAGAAGGAGCCGACUCAUCUCAACUUCCUGGUUACCAAGCGGAGGGUGAUGAAAGAGUUUCCUUCGAUUCUUGCCUUGCCAUCGCCAACAGCUACAAGGUGGAAGGCAACGAUAAAUUCAAGAAUCAGGUACUCGUAGAUUUCACGGCCCGUUCUUCGCUGAUUUUGACGUCGCACAACAGUGUGGGGAUGAAACGAGAUUUGGAAGCUGCGAGGGAGUUGGAUCUGGCUUUGCAGCAUUGCAAGGAGGCUCUGUCGCUGGAUCCCAGAUCAGUCAAAGCUUACUUUCGUCAGGGACAGAUUUACGCGGAGAUCUCGGCGUUGGAGGAUGCAGCCCGUUCUCAGUAUGACAGUUUUUCUGGGUCUGCAAACAUCCUUACCCAACGAUCUCGCGAUAGUCUACUGCAAGCCAAAUCCAUCCUGGGAACGAACGACAACAGCAUUGCCGCUGCUUUCGAGGAACUCGAGGCCGGGGCCGCGAAGAAGAGACGGAAAGAGUACCGCACGUCCUUGCAGAUGUCGAAGGCAUCAGAUGCCACCAUGGAGCGCUCGGACAAAGCUGCAGAGAGAAUGAACCAGAAAAAUAUCCCGAGGAAGGCGGAGGAUUGGAACAAGAUUGAUCUGGUCUACAAAGGAAAGCCUGUUCACGUGUUUAAUCGAGAAAUGCAACAGGAUGGCGAGCUACAGAGGCUGGAAUAUGAAUCUCUUCGGCAGGUGAUUCUCGUGCUCUGCACUGGCUGA